UGUGAUGAUUGCAGCUACCUGCCAAGUUGGAACUAGUUUCACCCUUGACGUCCCAUAUGGGUGUGUCAGUGGAUAGUAUUUUAAGCUUCGCAUGCCAACAGUUGUGCUGCAGAGAUAGAUAAGUGUGGUGGAGUUGUAAGUCUAGCUUUUCAGAUUUGCAUAGAAAUGGAUAACAAAACUACAGGACCAUCUGCCAUCACCCCAGCACCUGAAUAUAUUCCUUCUGGACUGGAAAUUUUCAGAACAAUUCCAUAUGCCUUUAUUUUGCCAGAGCUGAUCUUCGGCUGCUGGGUCUGGAUCCUUGUAGCAGCUACUACCGUGUAUUUCCCUUUGCUGCAAGGAUGGGUUAUGUAUGUUUCGGUUUCAUCUUUUGUCAUCUCCCUCCUACUCCUGAUGGCCUACCUGUUUGGCUUCCACAGAAAGUAUGAAUCCUGGAAAAUUCUGGACAGCCUUUAUCAUGGGGCCACUUCUAUUCUCUAUAUGAGUGCUGCAGUCUUACAGGCUAACGCAACGAUCCGUUCUGAAGCCGAAGUGCCAGAAGAACAUAGUCCUCGCUACUAUCAACUCAAUACUGCAGCUACGAUAUUUGCAUUCAUCACCGCGCUGCUGUAUAUCUUGCAUGCCUUCAGCAACUACUACCACUGAAAAUUGCUUGGAAAGAAAACAACGUGAGGCCAAAGAUAACAUCCAAGACUAUUUGGAAUUUGUGUUCCAAAACAGAUUGUUAACAUUUAUGUAAGAUCGGGUCAUGCAGCACUUAGUGCCCUCUCAUGUUAGGUGAAAGAGAUGGUAGGUUUUGUUAAAAAAUUUUUUUUUCAUUCCCUGUGCUGCCAACCUCUCUGUGAAAAUUAUUUGAGUCAUUAUAAUGGUCCAUGAUGAUAUAGUUAUCACAAUUAACCCGAAUUAUGUUUCCAGUAUAGUACAUUGUAAAACUGUGUAAAUAGUACACUCCUUUAUUUAACAAAUAGUUUCCUCGACCUUUUAUCUUUAGGGAAUCUUUUCUACACCAACUCCUCUGCUGAGGAACUGCUGUGUGCCUACUAGGAGACCUUAGCAUGUUGUAGUAGAAAAUUCUGGGACACGGGAGAAAACACGUUUGGUUGAGAAAGAGGUAUUGGCCAGCCUUGUAGGUCAUAUGUGAACACUGAGUAUAUGAGCAUAUGUUACACCAUCUUGUAAUUACACAUCACAGGAGAGAUUGUUUGAUGGGGACCGAGGUAUCCUAGAAGGUUCCAGAAUCUUAGGGUUGCCAACACAGCUUGAAAACUCUUAUUCAUAUUUUGGAUUAAGCCUGUUCAGCUUGACAAUCCUGAAUUUAGACAACAGCCAUCAGCUGUUUGUGCAAAUGCUCAUCAGGAGAGAAUCACAUAUUACCUUUGAUGUCAUCAUAAGUUGAUUUUUUCACCUCAUCUGAAAGACGUCU